ACAAUAUUUUGUUUCAUAAAUCUAUCGUUAAAUGUGUUAAUCAUUUACUUAUUAAUUGUGAUAUAAAUAUAACACUAAUUUUGUUGUUAACUACUCUUGGGAUCAAUUGAUUUGUUUAUUGUCCUCAUUAUAAGCCGUAUAUUAUCUGUUAAUCUGAACGCAAAUAGCAAUUAAUUAUGAGAAAUAUGUUUAAAAGGCAUUUGUCUUCAAUUGAAACUAUAUUUUGAUUCACUUUUUAUGACAAAUAUAUUAAGUCUUUAAAUAAUAGACAAAUAUUUGAUCCCAAAAAAGAUGUCUAACUUUCCGAUAAUACGGACGACUCCUCCGCCGAUGGAUAUCAUCGACAGUGAAGAAGAAGAGCCAGAUUUUGGUGCUUUUAAUGGCGUUACCACCGAAGAGGAAGAAGAAGAUAUUGAUUUUAUUGUUCCCGUUAUUAAGCAAAACAAUGGCAAACAUUUAGUUAACAAUAAUAAUAAUGCAAUUAAUGCUAACAAUAAGAAGCCAUCCGUUGAUGACAAUGAGUGCAAUCAUAUGACCGCCGAUGAAGACAAUAGUAUUACAAUUGAGUCCAACACUUGUGAUGAUAAUAGUAUUAAAUCGACUGAACAGGACAUCAAUGAUCUAAAUAGUGAAGAAUAUAAUCACAAUACCAGUGAACAUGAUAUGAAAGAACUUGAAUUAGAAUCGCUUCCAGAUAUUGAUUCAAAUGAACACAAUUUAGAUAAACAUUUAGAAGAAAGUGAAGACAAUAAAGAAGUGACUGAAGAGGACAAAGAAGUUGUUGAAGAACUGAAUGUCACUGAAAUUGGUGUCACUGACGAUGACUUAGAGUUUGCAGACUUUGCAUCGUUUCAAUUCACAGAAUGUGAAUCCAAUUGCAAUCAAAUCAACGAUUCCAUAGCAGAAGGAGAAGACGAUAACAAUUCAUUCAGUUUUUAUAAAUCCAAAUCAUUUUCUGAGAUGUCUUUCACGGAUUGUGUCACAAAUGUUGACAACAAUUUCAAUGCAAUCAAAAGUCCACAAACGGGUGAAAACGAAAGUGAUAUUAAAGACACUGAAAGUGAUGACGAUUUCGCUGACUUCGCGUCCGCACAACCAGUUCUUAACACUAAUUUAGAAUCAGUUCCCGAUUUGAAGACAAAUACUUCUGAUUCGACACCAAUUGUUGAAAGUGAUGGAGAAUUUGCCGACUUUUCGUCGUUUCAAACAAAUAACACAAUUAAUGGAUUCACAGAACACGUGAAUCUCGAUGUGAUUCCACAAUCGGUUCCCAAUUCCGAUGAAUUGACUCAACUUUUUGCUCAAAUCUUCCCGAAAGAAGAGACCAUAAGUAGUGAUGAAAACACUCAAAACAUAUCCAGAGAUCUAUUCAAUACUUGUGAUGAAAAUAGUAAUAACCUGUGGAAGAGUUUACAAGACUUGGAGAGCGCGCCUUCACUUAAGCUUCGUUGGCCUAAUUCGCACUCAUUUCAACUCCUAUUGACUUCUCUUAAUAUCGAUCCCCGAAAUAUUUUACGCAACUCAUCAGUGCCUGUGUUUGCUUCAGGACUGGGACUGGUUUUAGAGCCAACCAAACAUCUAUUCAAUAAUAACGAUAUAACCGAUGAAAACGAAACUAUAAGCGAAUCGUCGACCACUUCAUCUAUACCUCCCGUGCAAUUCGAUUGGGUCUCCAGUGGUCUGACCAACCCUUUAGAUGUCAAUCAAAAAUCGACGGCAGCUUUCGAUUUAGACUUCUUUGUCACUAACGAUGACGUGAAGAAUACCAAAAAACAGACCAACUUUUCUGAUAUCGACGAUUUCCUAAACGAUAAAAAUGGCAAUCAUUACGAAAACGUUGCGAAAAUAUCGGACUCUAACAAAACAAAUCUAAUGCAACAGAUAUUGUCUUCAGUGAGCAAUACAUCUUCGGUAACGAAUCUAAACACUGACUCGAAUCAGACACUGAGUGCGGAAGCGAUUCAAGUUUUGGACGAAUUGCCGAAUCUAUCGUUUAUGAGAGCAAAAGUAUUAAUGUUUCCCAUCUCUAGCAUUAAAUCUCAGGCAAACUCUUAAUUGGUUUCUCUAUACAGUAUAUUAAACACAAAACAUUCCCAAAACUAGUC